AUGGUAGUGGACAGUGGGGCGAGACGGUUGCCGUGUGGACACUGCUACCAUGAAAAGUGUCUGACUCAAUGGUUUGAACAGCAUAGCACAUGCCCCUACUGCAGGGCAAAUCUCCUUAACUAUCCUCUGAAGCCUGCGGAGCAAGCGUUGCCCCGGGAGGCUCCACCAGCACGAUCUGUCCCAGAAUCACCGCCAAUGAUGGAGUCUGUUACGUCAGAGAAAUUGGACCAGGACAUGGAAAUAUUGAUGCAAAAGUUCUUUGAUAAGCUUUCGAAGGAUUCCAUUGAAAAUAUAAACCACAGUGAUGAAGUACUUCGUGAGCAUUAUCAUUUUUAUGCUAAGUUUCAGUCUCUGGAACAGGAGUUGAAUAAACUGAUGGAUAUUUAUGUUGAAAAGGAUUCUUCAUUGGGUGCCCAUAGCACCUUCAACUCCGAAAAACUAACCGAGGACCUUGAAGCGAGCCCAAAUGAGAAGUUAGCAAAAGAUCAGACGCCUGCUGCCGCGGUUUCUUCUGAGGGCAUGAAGAAAAAAGGCGAUGAUACCACCGAAAAUGCUCACACGACGAGAUUAAACGCAGGUUCUACCGUAAGUCUUUGGAUGCGUUUGGCUGCCUUCCAGAAGUACCAUAGGCGUUUGAAAGAUGCCCAAAAAGAGCUGAAUGAUGCACUCGUAUCUAUAAACGAGCUAGAAGCUAUUGCACGGUAA